CUCACCGGGUCAUAUGUAAUUGUUAUUGUUGCUUUUUACUCCAAAUUUUUCAGGAUUCCUUACGAAAGCAAUCCUUCUUAAACAAUUUCUAGGCUAAAAAAAAUCAAACUAAACUUCUGCAAUGUUCUGACCCAUUUUCGUUCAAUUCUGAUCGUGUUUGCGAAGACGCAAAACCAUUCAUUCAUUGUUUAGUUUUCACUAAAAGUCUGAUAGAGACUUAUAUUAGAAGUAUUUUUCCACAAUGUGGACAAAAGAAAGUAAUUUAUUGAUAUAUCUAGUAAUACUAGCUCUGAGUUUAAAUUUCUCCUGUGUUACGAGUAAGAGAGACAAGAAAGAAGAAUGUAAAACUUGUAAAGAGAUUGUGGAGGCCUUCUACAAGGGAAUGGAGAAAACUGUGAAAGCUAAUUUUGGAGGAGGAAAUACAGCCUGGGAAGAAAGAAAACUAGGAAGUUAUGCAACAAGUGAGACAAGAUUAGUUGAAAUUUUGGAAGGACUCUGUGAAAGCUCUGCAUCUCUUUGUCAUUCAUUAGUAGAGGAACACGAAGAAGCAUUAGAAAAAUGGUGGUUCAAGCUCCAAAACAAAGAAAAAGAUUUAAAAACCUGGUUCUGUAUUAACAACAUAGAAGUCUGCUGUAAUAAUGGUACAUUUGGGCCAGAUUGUAAAGAAUGCCCAUCAGGGAAGGACGAUCCAUGCCACGGCCAUGGAGAUUGUGAUGGUGCAGGCACAAGGGGAGGAAAAGGAAGUUGUAGCUGUCAUGAUGGGUACGAAGGUGAUGAAUGUGACGAGUGCGCAGAUGACUAUUUUGAAGAAAAGGAUGAGAACGACAAGAUGAAAUGCAGUAGUUGUCAUGAGUCAUGCUCUAAAGGAUGUAGUGGUGCUACAGCGAAGGACUGUACUGAAUGUAAAACAGGAUGGGAGAAGACAGAAGAAGAGGGAUGUAAAGAUGUCGAUGAAUGCCAGGAUGCUGAUAAAUGCAAUGAAGGAGAACUCUGUGUCAAUACACCAGGAUCUUUCAGUUGUGAUGCUUGUCAUGAGUCUUGUGAUGGUGCUUGUACAAGUGCUGGCCCCAAGGGCUGCAAAGUCUGUAAGAGUGGCUACAACAUUACUGAAGAUGAAGGCUGUAAAGAUAUCGAUGAAUGUGCCGAAGAUAAAUCCUCAUCUCUUUGUAGCAGUGGUACCUACUGUAAGAAUACACCAGGAUCCUAUGAAUGCGAAAGCUGUAACGAAGCAUGUGAAACAUGUAUUGGGGAAGGAGUUGGUGCUUGUACAAAGUGUAAUGUUGGUUUCAAAAGGAUAGACAAUGAAUGCAAAGAUAUAGAUGAAUGUGCUGCAGAGAAAAAACCUUGUACAUUAGAAAAUGAAGUUUGCAAGAACAGCAUUGGUUCCUACACAUGUGAAUGCCGCAAUGGAUACGGAAGGAAAGGAGAAAAAUGUGUUAAAGGAGAAAAAGGUAAAAAGAAUCAGAAAAAAUCUCAGGAAGAAGAGCUAGAAGAAGGACUUAAACAAGGGAAAUACUUUUCUGAGUUUAAUAUGAAAAUAGGAAGUCUUCUUUAUGCUGUUUUCUUUGCGUUAGUUUUCCUUGCCAUCAGGAAAAACAGUAAGAUAAUGUUAGUUGUAUUAACUCUUAUUUAUGCAUGUGUUAUAUAUUACUUGCGAUCACUAUCGUAGGUAAGGCAAAGGUUAACUCCUGGACUACAAGGGAAGUUAAAGUUAAAACUUAUAGCAUGACUAGGAAUACUUCUCUC